GCCAGGCGGGCGCGCACGUCACUAUGACGAUAUCGUCAGCCGAGAAGGCGCUCAUCAAGAAGCAUGCAGUCCUCUCCUCCUCGGACAAAAUCACAAGCGGAGCAAUUGCACGAAUCUAUUACGCCAGUCCCGACGCACGCCAGUGGUCCUUCUCUGGCCUGACGGGGGCUAUCGUCCUCGGCAAGAAUGACAAGACAUGUUGGUUCCGGAUGGUCGACUUGCAGGGAUCUCAAGGACUCACGUGGACGCAUGAGAUCUACAACGACUUCUCAUAUCACCAGGAUCGCACUUUCUUCCAUUCGUUCGAGGGCGAUUCCUGUAUGGUCGGCUUCGUCUUUGCGGACGAAGGCGAAGCGAGCGACUUUUACAGGAAAGUCAUUGCCAAAUCCCAUUUCAGACCCAAAAAGUCAAAAGCUGUAGCGACGCCGCAGUCAUCGCCCACAACAAGCAAGAGCACCAAGAAGCGCAAAGGUGCCAUUGACAAAUCGAUGAUAGGAGCACCAUCGAGCUUUAAGCAUGUUGCCCACAUGGGCUUCGACUCCGACAAAGGCUUCACUUCCGAGAAUGUCGAUCCGUCAUGGAAGACACUAUUGACUCAGAUGGAAAGUAUGGGCGUCAGCAAAGCCGACAUAAAGAAGAAUGAAAAGUUUAUACGCGAUUAUGUCGCAAAAGCAGGUGGACCAGAACAAGCAGCUGCAGCUAAUCGAGCUUCCACGAGCUUACCCGCUCCACCACCACCGCCGACAUCGACAAGUUCCGUCGCUAGGGCGACUACAUCAAAGCGGAAGCAGCCCCCGCCCCCGCCUGCGUCUCGCAAGGCAGCCAUACCCGAGCCAGACGUGCAAGCCCCUCCCCCGCCUCCGCUGCCACCAAGUCGUGCGAGCGUAGCUAUACCGCCUCCACCACCCCCAGCGCCGCCAGGGCGAACUUCCGUCGCUGCCCCUCCUCCGCCUCCGGCAUCGGCAGCCAGGAAUAGCGUGAUCGCUCCACCACCUCCACCACCUCCACCACCCGGACGCCAAGUAGCGAGUGUGCCUCCUCCCCCUCCGCCAAAUCGCUCGAGUGCAGCAGUACCGCCGGCCCCUCCUCCGCCAGCACCGUCUACGCGAUCGGGUGCAGCACCGCCGCCUCCACCACCACCGCCCUCCAGCAGUGCGAUACCACCGCCGCCCCCCCCUCCGCCCACUCGAGCAGGACCUGCAAGCGUAGCACCUCCUCCGCCGCCUCCCCCGCCCGCGCCUUCUGGCGGUGCUGCAGCGGCUAUACUACCUCCAGAAGCAGCCGCUCUGCCUGGAAGGUCUGACCUACUGGCCAGUAUUCAAGGCAAAAGUGUCGCUAAUCUGCGAAAAACCGAUACGAGCACAGCGGACGCUCGCGAAGCAGCACCUGCGGCCACCGAGGCAGCGCCUGCAGAUCUCGCCGCUACGCUUGCACUUGCAUUACACCAGCGCAAGGGCAAUAUGGGCGAUAGCGACGAGGAAGCUGACUCAGACGACGAGGAGUGGUAAUAAUGUCAGUUUGUUGCACUCGCAUACUUUCACAGUACAACAACAUGAUGCUGCCAGAUAGGAGAGUCCUAGCUGAUCAGACAACGAUGGUCUAGGCCCAUCUCUUGAAUAUCCUCCAUGGCACUUUCGCU